AUGACACUCAGCUGCGCAAAAAAACCAGCACCUCUUUAUCGAUCGUGUGAAAUAGAAUCUAGCAGCUUUCAGUUGAGAAUGCCCGAGGCUCUGAGUACUCAGUUGAACGAAAGGAACAGUUCCUGUACCCCUGACAUGGAAUCACCUAAGGAUUUAGACGCCGUCUCCUACGAGAAUUUGAGUAGGACAGACAGAACUAUGUCUGUUGAGUCACUGAAUACACUUCUCAGCCAGCUACCAGAGAUUUCUAUUCCUGCAACAUUGUUCAAUCCACUUCCACUGCAAUGCAUAGCAGCUAAUGCUCUACCAAAGAACGUGAGGGCAGAGAUUGAUGGAGUUAUUGCUCAGUACACUGUAGAAGGAAAUGAUGGAGAUAUUGAAGAUGUGGACAAUCUAACGCCUGUUUUGCAUAGGGCUCUUGGAAUAGAGAAGGUUGCAACUUCAGCAAGUGUCAACAAGCCAGUGGGUCCUGUCUGCAAGAAAAUUAUAUGGAGAGAAGUAGAAGAAGAAACAUCUACUGGAUUUGGACUGAAUUUGUGUGGUGGAAUGAGGUGUAACAACUGCAGCAGUCUCCAUGCCAUAGUGACAGGGGUGUCAGCUUGCCUCUAUGAGACUGAGGACAUCGUAGAAGGUAUAUGUGUGAUUGAGUGGGAAGGGCAGACUCUGGAUGGAUGCACUUAUGAAGAAGUGCAGAAAAUAAUGACCUCAAUAGACCCGGGACUAAAUAAAAUAGAGAUCUCUUUCAAAAAGUGCAGUGAAAACCUGUUAAUUAGUCGAGGAGGCUUUGAUUGGCUGCCAAGCUUCGCAGCUGUACGCUUGAACAAACGAAGAAACGCAAUUUUUGAGGAUAAAGGAGAGUUAGACUACAAAAGCACAGUCUCUUAUGAAUCGUCAGAGCUUUCUCACAUCCCUUCCUCUCCGGCACACCGUCUCUCACGCUCACAGGAACAUUUAGACCUCCCCUUCUUCCCUGAGAGUUCCCUAACAAGUUGUACCAGGAGCCCAUCCCACUCUCCCUCACCCAGUGAGGCCAAGAAGCCUCUUGCUGUGACCGUUGCCAAGGAGAUUGCUCAAACACUACUAGGAUCAAUGGAAGCUCCUUCUAAACCAAGCCUCUGCAAUCUGCAAACAAUCAUGGACGUUCUGCCAAAAGGCAUGGUGCAGUUAUCCUUGGGAUACAACAAAGAAUGUGAAGAGCUGAAAAUUUCUCUUCUUCAAGUGAAGGGGCAGUCGAAUAAAGAGUUUAGUGACCCUUGUGAAGUGUUUAUCAACACAUAUUUAGUCCCUGACUACAGGGACCAAGGUGUGAGGAGUAUCGUGAGCUCACAGAAUUUGAAGGACAGUACUGAGUACCAGAACACGUCCUACAUUAUGGCUGCUGAUGAAAUACCUUGUGUUGCAUUGAGAGUGAUACUGUGGGAUGCACACAAGCCCAAACAUAUCAUGUUCAGAGGAGAGGUUCUCUUGAGUUUGUCUGAUCAACAGUUCGUGAACCUCGCCUCGGAGCCAACCUGGUAUACUCUCUGCCCUGAAGACCCGAACCUAUCAAAGCUUCCCUCUCCAGUUUACUCCAAACAAAAAAACAGUGUAGACAAUCUGCUUCAAAAGCUAAAACAAAAGGCUCACUCUCUAACAACAGUUAAGCCUCUUUCUAGUGAGCUAAGGUCCAUGAGUAUGCUCAGUUUGCAAGGGCCGGUCGAAAAGAGGACUAUGACACUCGCAAGGAAGAAGCGUCGUAAAGAAACGAGAAAAACAUACUCUGGGUCUUUUACUCCACAGCUUGUAGAUUGUGUAUUACAGCCUGAAGCACAACUAAAGAGUUGUUUAAAGGAGUCUUGCAGACAGCAAAAACUUUCCUCUAUCUUGAAAGUUUUGAGGGAAGAUUCAGUUGACAAUGAAUCAUCUGAAACGAAGAAACACAACAAACACAUAAUUGAUGAACACACGGAUGGAAACUCACUCCACACAGUCAAUGAUGCAGAGCGUAUCAGCACCCUGCAAAGAAGACUAAGAAACAAAUCGACAGCUAACAACAUUUCCGCUGAGCGAAUGAGCCUUCCUGGAAAAACCGACAAGAAUGGAAAGUCUUUCCUCGAAGAACUUGAUGAGUUGAUAAGCCAACGAAAUUUUGGUCUCCAGCCAACGCCUGAGAGGAGAGAUAAGACACCUGAGUUUGAGAAAGAACAAAUGCACUACAAACUGGUUGACAGCUACCAGAGUGAAGACGAGCAUGAUAAACCCCAAAAACCUACAUGUAGUCCAUUCCGAACUUCUAAACCUAGCGAUUUUUCAAGAUAUUCGGCUGAAGUAAGCUUGCAUAGAAUCAGGGUUGAAGAUACUGACAGAAAGGAAGAAUCGAAGAAGAAGUCUUGCACACUACCAAACGAGCACACAUCACAACAUAGGCCAACAACCCUUCUUCCUGCCAGGGGAGGCUCAGACAAAAGACCCCCUAAACCUCCCAAAACUUAUCGUUCAAAAAGUAUGGGGCAUAUCGAGAAGCUUGGCUCUGAUGAGGAACUCUUCAUUGUUCGUUCCCAUCAUAUGACUAACUCAAUCCCGGUGGAGAGUGCUUACAAAACUAUGGGUAGCGUGGAUGACCUUGAUUUGAUUGAGCUGAUGUCUCAUAGUAGUAGCUAUGAUGGACACUCUUCAUUGGAUUUCGGUAACCGUUUUGGUAGUUGUGACGUUCUGGGUGAAAGAGGAGAUGCUAUUCUUGAAAGGAGCUCACCAGUUAGAGAGUAUAGAGAAGAUGCAGAGGAAAUUCAGCGUGAAAAAGGGUUGAUAAAAACAAAAUGGAGGUCGCUGGAGGAUAUUCUUGCCUCUAAGCCAAGGAAGUCAAAGGAGAAAAAGUUGAAAACAAAUCGCAAGGACUCACCAUGUGAAACCGACGCUCAUACCCAUACAUUUUUGAGAAGAAGAACUGUGCAAGAAAGUGGUGCGUCAUGCAAUGUGAAACUGGAAUUUCAGUUCAAUGAUUUAAACCCUACUAAUCCUGUGCUGUUGGUCAAAUUAACAGACAUUGCUCUGCCUUCUUCAAAAAUGUUGUCAUCAGAUUUGCUAUUAAAAUGUUACGUCAAUCAUUUGAGCACUGGUGUGUGUAUCUUGAAAGACAAGACCCCAAUAUGCUUGAUGAACAACCCCAGUUCUGCUCCUCUGGGAAUCUUACAGUUUAGAACAGAUAUCGCUAACUUGGCACUACAGAUUCGGCUGUAUGGUGGGUCAAAGAUGUUCUCACGAAAAGUAAUUGGUCAAGUCUCUGUGAAUUUAGCUGUCCUUGACCUAAGUGGAGGAAAAACGCACUCUCAAUGGUUUCUGCUAUCAAAACAAAUAUGUACGUGACAUUGUAGCUUGCCUUUUCUUCACUGAACGUUGAUUUUAUCACUACCAAACAAUAUUUAUGGCACCCACAACCAUUGUAGAUUGGCUAUAUACACUACUCUUAUCACUUUUAGCUAGCUAGCUGUGUUGUUUAUAUAUUAUACAUGUACUGUAUUCUUUCCCUGGUGCUAUUUUUUGGAA